CGCGAUGUCUAACAUCAGCCUUCACUCAACCUAGGAAGUGCAGCGCGCAGAGUUGCAAUAUUGAGUCUGUUAUACAAUGAGUGAAAUAAAACCAGAAGAUGCAUCCUCAACGAAUAAAAAGGAUGCUUCCGCAGAGGAAAUAGACUGGGCAGCAGCUAAAGCACACUAUGAAAACUUGAAAUCAAAGAAACCAAGACCCCCCAAGCCGAGAUAUGCAGUAACAAUCGCAGUUUCUUCCCGGACCUUAUUUGAAAUGGUGGCGGAGAGGAAGAUCUUUGAGGAAGAAGGGCUGGAGAAGUAUGUUGAGUAUCAGCAAGAGCACGAGAGUGAGCCGCUGAAACCCGGUGCAGCCUUUCCUUUCGUCAAGGCGCUGAUGACUGUAAAUGAACGACUGAGGGAUCUCUAUCCAGACAGUGAAGAGCUGUUCGACAUUGUUCUCAUGACCAAUAAUCACGCCCAGGUUGGGGUGCGACUCAUGAAUAGCAUCAAUCACUACGAUCUGACCAUAGAGCGAUUCUGCAUGACUGGAGGUCAGAGCCCAAUCGGCUACCUCAAGGCCUACAUGACUAACCUGUAUCUCUCCAAAGACUCCAAGAAAGUCCAGCAGGCCAUUGAAGAGGGUAUAGCAGCGGCCAUCAUGUUUAAGCCUAAUGUGGAGACAGAGCUGUCUGAGACUCAGCUGCGUGUGGCCUUCGAUGGAGAUGCUGUGCUCUUCUCUGACGAGUCUGAGAUCAUUGUGAAGCAGCACGGCCUGGACAUAUUCUUUGAGCAUGAAAAACGGCAUGAGAACAAACCACUCGCUCAGGGCCCUCUAAAGUGCUUUCUUGAGGCUCUGGGGAAGCUCCAGAAGAAAUUCUAUGCCAAGAAUGAGCGAUUGAACUGCCCAAUUCGCACCUUCUUGGUGACGGCCCGAAGCGCAGCCAGCUCUGGAGCCCGAGUCCUUAAGACACUCAGAAGCUGGGGCCUGGAGAUUGAUGAGGCUUUGUUCCUUGCCGGGGCCCCCAAAGGGCCUCUGCUGCAGAAGAUUCGCCCACACAUCUUCUUUGAUGACCAGAUGUUCCACAUUGAGGGUGCCAAGGAGAUGGGCACUAUCUCUGCCCAUGUGCCAUAUGGAAUAGGACAGAAAUAUAACAAAGGGAAGCUGAUUGAGCAGCCAGAAAAACAGUCGAAAUAAGAGAUGCCACUUUUAAGCUGUUAUAGUCCAGCCUCAGUCACAAGUGCUGUUCAUUACAUUAUCAUAUAUACUGUAUAAAUAGUGUAAAGUACUUUAAGAUGAGGUUAUCUAUAUAUUUACUUGCCAUAUAUAUUACUUGUUUCACAAUAGACUUUGAAAUGAUCAGAACAUGUUUUGUCCUUAUCUAUCUAGCUAUCUAUCUAUCUAUCUAUCUACAUGAUAUUUUUUAUGGAAUAUUUUAGACAGCUUUACUUUUUAUGUGUUUGCAUAUAACAACAAGAUUAACUUUAUACAUGUAUGUAUGUAUAAAGACUAUUUUAAGGUUAAAGGGUUAGUUAAAAGCUAAUUAUGUCAAUUUGAAAAGUUUUUUUUUUUUUUAUAUAUAUAUAUUUACAGAGCGUGUAUUCAGUCAACAGACUCAGACUGAUGUUCUAGAAUACUAAUAUUAUCUGACUGUUCUGAAUGUACUGUUUUUAUUUUCGCCCUGAGAUGGAUCUACAGGGUAAAUCAGUUCAAGUUAAAAUGAGACAUUUAUAAUAUUAUCAUCAUUACAGUUCUCUGUUAAAUUGGUCACCUGCCCAUGAUGUUGCUUUGUGGUUACAAAUAUUGACAAUUUGUAUAUCUCUUUAUUUCUCAUUAAUGUACUACUUUGGGUUAUGCUUUCCAUACUGUAUAUUAGUAUUUUGCAUGCGAAUGACAGUUGCCUGAUGUUUGUAAGUGUAUCAAAAGCAAAAUGUAUUAUGAUGCACAAUUGGUAUUAUAGUUACACUUCAUUACAUUUAGUAUGUCAUUUUUGUUUAUAUAUAUUUUAUAACUGUAAUGUGUUAUCUUUUUCACUGUCCAUGUAAACUCCUACACCCCUGCUGUAAAUGCACUGUCAUUUGUUUGAUUUGUGUUUACUAAUGUGAUCAAGCAGUUUCACUAUAAAAGCAAAUUUUAUGCAGCACUUUUUCUAUCCAUCAUGAGCAAAGUACAUUGGUCUUGUUUUUCAUAUAUUGCUAUGUAAAAUAUUUUCCAGUCUAGUGUUAUAAUUUGGUUUAAGUUUUUAGAUGAAAAAAUAAAACAAAACAACAACAA